UCUCUCACGUGCACGCGCCCCCUGCCUGUUGGAAGGUGCGCGCGAGCGAGAGAGAGUGAGUGUGUGUGAGAGAAGCGAAGGCUCGAGACCGACUGGAUCAAUUCGGAUUUUUUUUGUUUUUAAACCGAUAAAAAGUGAAUAAAAAGCCGGACUUGGGCUCGGGUUUGGGGAGAGGAAGCGCCAGGGAGCCGUUUAACCGAAAACUAGUCUGUUGGAGCGGGACAGAGGGGAGAGUGUGUGGAGUUUAAAUCUGAGGUCUUGAUCACCUACGUUCUCUGAUGUGAAUUAAGGAGCCAUGGAAUGACAUGCUGCCGAUUAGCUAGCAGUUUAGCUGUCGCUCUACAGGACGCUUUGUUUUUUACUCCCUGUCCAUCUCAGAACAAACAUGGCUGACCCAGGGAUGAUGAGUCUGUUUGGAGAUGAUGGGAAUUUAUUCUCUGAUGGUCUGGAGGGCUUGGGGGACUGUGGGUACUCCUCCCAAGGCCAAACCAAUCCCAUGAACCCACAGAUGACCCAUGAGCACCAAGCUUACAGCCAGAUCCACCUCUCAACUCCUCCUGUUGCCUCUCAGCCCAAAAUGGGUCACCCCUUUGACCACUUUGCGCAGUACGACCCUCAAGGAGGCCGGAUGAUGGGUAACGGACCUGGCCCUGCUAAUGGGAUUUCAUCUCCUCAUUCACGCUAUCAUGGUGGAAACAGCACAGCUGCUGGACAUCAUGUCUAUCCGGGAGCACAGGGUGAUGCACGAGGGGCAGGACCAGGACCAGCACAGUCGUUCCAGGAUGGUGGAGGAGCCACCCCGGGUAAUAACUGGGGUCCUCAAGGGAUGCAGCUGCCUGACCAAAAUCGAGCCCAAUUUCAACAGUCACAACAGCAGCAAGUUCACGGCCACCAAAUGGGUUCUUACAUGGGACGCACCGAAUUCGGUGGAAUGCAAGGGCACAACCAAACUCAGACACCACCAAGGAUGAACCACUUCCCCCAAGGUUUGCCCCAGGAAGCAAACCGUUUCAUGGGACACAUGGGAGCCAAUAUCACGACGUCUGCCAUGCGGCAUCCGUCUCAGACUCCUCAGCAUCAGCAGGCUGGCCAGCAGUUUCUGCACCAUCACCCAGAGUCGCAGUUUCCUCAAAGCCCAUCAAAGCAGCAGCAGAUGAUGAGUGGGCGUGGCCACCAGAACAUGGGCUUCAGCAUGAACAACCAGCAAGUCGCCAACAACAGCUCAGGUCAAUAUGCCCCUUAUCCUCAAUACGGUGGCCUAAAUCAGGGUUUAGCCAACACUUCAGGGAUGAGUCUCACCACCAGCAGCAACCCCAGUGCUCCUGUGCAGUGUUACCCCACCCCUGCAGGGCCACAGUGUUACCCAGUGAACCAGUUACCUCCGCAGAAUAUGCAUCCUGCGCAGCCCAAAAUUCCGCAGCAGCACCUCGCUCCACCUCCUCAGGGAUCUUAUACUACUCCUCCUUCGAUGUCACCCAUGAGGAACCUGGGGGGCAACCCUGCUGGAACUCCGCCCCCUCAAAGGGGCCAAGGACCGAUCUCACACCCCCAGCAGCACCCCCAAAUGUACGGCACCCUGUCACCCAAUCAGAGAGCAAUGAAUGCACCCAACCACACAGAGGUUCUCCCACAGCAGCUGCAGACAUCUACAUUGCAGUUUCAGCAGGUGCAGCAGGUGAGAACUCCACCUGCACUCCCUGUGACCCAGCAGCCGCCGGAUCCGUCUCCACCACCACCACCACUGCUGCAUGGGAACUGGUCCUCCAACACUCAUUCGUCACCACCAGCUAACCACCACCAAGUGCCUCACGCGCAGCAUUCUCCAUCAGAUACUUCCCAAACCCCAUCCUCCACCCACAUGUCCACCCUGCAGCUCUGUGACACUCAGCCGCCCGACAGCAAGCCCAAGCCCAAGAAGAAGAAGAAGAAGAAAGCAAAGGAGGCUGAGGAGGCAGCAGGGGGGAAGGGCGAGGAUGUAGGCAUGGAUGUGGGAGGAGCAUUGGGAGGAGAUGGAGUAACAUCUCCACCUGAAAAGAAGAGCAAAAAGAAACCAAAAGAUAAGGAGGCCAAGGAAUCAAAAGAGUCCAAGGCUCCCAAAACCCCCAAAACACCCAAAGAACCCAAGGAGAAGAAGGUCAAGGUGACCGUUCCUAAACCCAAGAGCACCAAGAAGCUCAGGUACAUCAACACUCUUCUGUUCAUAACUCUGUUGUGUUCACACUCAGUGACAUCAGGCCACACCCUGUGUGUGUGUGUGUGUGUGCUGGAGUCGGGACAGGAAGUGGAGUUUGAGGAAUUUUAUGUCAAGUUCAAGAGUUUCUCCUACCUGCACUGUCGCUGGGCUGAUCUCGAGGAGCUGGAGAAGGAUAAGAGAAUCCACCAGAAAGUGAAGCGCUAUAAAGCCAAACAGGCGCAUAACAACUUCCUCACCGAGAUGGACGAUGAGCCGUUUAACCCUGAUUACGUGGAGGUGGAUCGAGUUCUAGAUGUUUCUGAGAGUACAGAUGAAAAUGGAGAGCCAGUAAGUCUGUACCUGGUGAAGUGGUGUUCCUUACCAUACGAAGACAGCACGUGGGAGUUGAAGGUUGACAUUGAUGCAGGGAAGAUCGAGGAGUUUGAGCAAGUGAUGAGUCGCGAGCCUCAGCUGAAGCGAGUGGAGCGACCUCCGGCUAGUGACUGGCAGAAAUCCGAGAGUUCCCGCGAAUAUAAAAACAGCAACGCACUCAGGGAAUACCAGCUAGAGGGAGUCAACUGGCUGCUGUUCAACUGGUACAACACACGGAACUGUAUCCUGGCAGAUGAGAUGGGUUUGGGGAAGACGGUGCAGUCCAUCACGUUCCUGUACGAGAUCUACCUAAAGGGGAUCCAUGGACCCUUCCUGGUCAUUGCUCCACUCUCCACUAUUCCUAAUUGGGAGCGAGAGUUCAGAACAUGGACCGAGCUCAAUGUGGUGGUGUAUCACGGCAGUCAGGCCAGUCGCAGGACCAUCCAGGCCUACGAGAUGAACUACAGAGACACUCAGGGUCGUGUUAUAAAGGGCGCCUAUAAAUUCCACGCCAUCAUCACAACAUUUGAGAUGAUCCUGACAGACUGUCCAGAGCUUCGCAGCGUCCCGUGGCGCUGUGUGAUCAUCGAUGAAGCUCACAGGUUGAAGAACAGGAACUGUAAACUGCUCGAGGGUCUCAAGCUCCUGGAUAUGGAACACAAGGUUCUCCUAACAGGAACCCCACUGCAGAACACUGUAGAGGAACUCUUCAGCCUGCUGAACUUCCUGGAGCCGAGCCGCUUUCCCUCAGAGUCCACCUUCAUGCAGGAGUUUGGUGACCUCAAAACUGAAGAACAGGUUCAGAAGCUGCAGGGAAUCCUCAAACCCAUGAUGCUGCGGAGACUGAAAGAGGAUGUGGAGAAAAAUCUGGCACCGAAAGAGGAGACCAUCAUUGAGGUGGAGCUCACCAACAUCCAGAAGAAAUAUUACAGAGCCAUACUGGAAAAGAACUUCACCUUCCUGUCCAAAAGUGGAGGAGGAGGAGGAGGAAGUUCUAGUGUCCCCAACCUCCUUAACACCAUGAUGGAGCUGCGCAAGUGCUGCAACCACCCCUACCUCAUCAAUGGAGCAGAGGAGAAGAUCAUGGAGGAGUUUAGGGAGAGCCACCCAGCUGAUAUGCCUGACUUCCAUCUACAGUCCAUGGUCCAGGCGGCAGGGAAGCUGGUGCUCAUUGAUAAGCUCCUCCCUAAACUGAAGGCUGGAGGCCACCGCGUCCUCAUCUUCUCCCAGAUGGUGCGCUGCCUCGACAUCCUGGAGGAUUACCUCAUUCAGCGGCGGUAUCCUUAUGAGCGUAUUGAUGGCAGAGUUAGAGGGAAUCUGCGCCAGGCUGCUAUCGAUCGCUUCUCCCGCCCCGACUCGGACCGCUUUGUCUUCCUGCUGUGUACUCGGGCCGGAGGGUUGGGCAUCAACCUGACCGCCGCUGACACCUGCAUCAUCUUUGACUCAGACUGGAACCCACAGAAUGACCUACAGGCCCAGGCUCGAUGCCAUCGGAUCGGGCAGAGUAAAGCAGUGAAGAUCUACCGGCUGAUCACCAGGAACUCGUAUGAGAGGGAGAUGUUCGACAAGGCCAGUCUGAAGCUGGGUCUGGAUAAAGCUGUGCUACAGUCCAUGAGUGGGAGAGAGAAUGCUGCUAAUGGGGUUCAGCAGCUGUCCAAAAAGGAGAUCGAGGAUCUUCUGCGUAAGGGAGCGUACGGAGCGCUGAUGGACGAGGAGGACGAAGGCUCCAAAUUCUGUGAAGAGGACAUUGACCAGAUCUUACAGAGACGCACUCAGACCAUCACCAUAGAGUCCGAGGGCAAGGGCUCCACCUUCGCCAAGGCCAGUUUUGUGUCAGCAGGGAACAGGACAGACAUUUCUCUGGAGGACCCAGACUUCUGGCAGAAGUGGGCAAAGAAAGCCGAGCUGGACCUCGAUGUCAUUAAUGGCAGGAAUACGCUGGUGAUCGACACACCUCGGGUGAGGAAACAGACCCGGCACUACAGCUCCAUAAAGGAAGAUGAGAUGAUGGAGUAUUCGGAGCUGGAGAGCGACUCUGAGGAUAAACCAGUUACAAAACCUCGCCGGCCACAAGACCGGGCUCAGGGAUACCCUCGCAGCGAGUGUUUCAGGGUCGAGAAGAACCUGCUGGUCUACGGCUGGGGGCGGUGGAAGGACAUCCUUUCUCACGGGCGGUUUAAACGUCCUCUAUACGAGCGAGAUGUUGAGAUGAUCUGCAGAGCGCUGCUGGCCUACUGCCUUCUCCACUACAGAGGAGAUGAGAACAUCAAGAGCUUCAUCUGGGACCUAAUCACUCCUACUGAGGACGGACAGAGCAAAACACUAACUAACCACUCAGGUCUGUCUGCUCCUGUACCGCGAGGUCGGAAAGGGAAGAAGGGAAAGUUACCAGCGACCCAGACGAAUGUGCCUCAGGCUGAUUGGCUGACAGAGUGUAACCCAGAUGUGCUGCUGCAGGAGGACAGCUACAAACGCCACCUUAAACACCACUGCAACAAAGUGUUGCUGCGGGUGCGAAUGCUCUACUAUCUGAGACAGGAAGUGAUCAGUGACCUGGCAGACCGCAUCCUGGAGGGAGCUGAUUCCAGUGAGCUGGAUAUCUGGAUUCCACACCCCCUCCAUGCUGAGGUUCCCACUGAUUGGUGGGAUGUGGAGGCUGAUAAAUCGCUCCUCAUCGGUGUGUUUAAACACGGUUAUGAGAAAUACAACUCGAUGCGAGCCGACCCGGCGCUGUGUUUUUUGGAGCGAGUGGGAAUGCCGGAUGCCAAAGCCAUUGCCGCUGAGCAGAGGGGAGCGGACAUGGUGGCAGAUGGUGAGGAUGAAGACCCCGAGUACAAACCUCUGCGUAUGACCUUCAAAGAUGAUCUGGAUGAUUUCACAAACUCUCCUCUGGAUGACAAAGAGGAGGUGAUGGAGUUAGAGACUGGAGAAGCCCCUAAAGUGAGUGAGGUACACGGGGGUAAAGUUGGGAAUCUGUACUGGCCUGCAGCUUCAGCUCUCACCGCACGCUUGCGUCGCCUUAUUACUGCGUACCAGCGCUGUCACAAGAGACAGGAGAUGCUGAUUAAACCGGACGGCCGUAGACGCAGACGUCACCGUGACGACCACCUCCUUGUCAUGGCGACUGAGGGCGGGGCCUACAGUCUGGAGCCCAACAGGAUGGCUGCGACAUCAUAUCUGACUGAAGGAGCUUCGUUUGUUAAAACCUCACCAUUCCUACACGAGAGCGCCGCCCUGUUGGCCGACGGAGCUGCAUUCUUCAAAGAGAGACGUCAGAGAUGGACGAGGCGUGAAGAGGCAGAUUUUUACCGUGUGGUGUCUACAUUCGGGGUUGUUUAUGAUGUCCAAACCCAGUGUUUUGACUGGUCCCAGUUCCGGGCCUUUGCUCGUCUUGAUAAGAAGACCGAUGAGAGUCUGGAGAAAUAUUACUAUGCCUUUGUGGCCAUGUGCAAGCGCGUGUGCCGAAUGCAGGUCAAAGACUCAGCAGAGCUGGCCGACCCGACUCUGAUCAUCGACCCCAUCACAGAGGAGAGAGCCUCCCGCACACUGUACCGUAUCGAGUUACUGCGGCAGAUUAGGGAGCAGGUUUUGCCCCACCCCAAACUGGAGGAGAGACUCCGCCUGUGUCAGCCCAGCCCCGACCUCCCGGCCUGGUGGGAGGCAGGAAAACACGACCGGGAUCUUCUCUACGGAGCUGCCAAGCAUGGAGUAAGUCGCACAGACUACCACAUCCAGAAUGACCCAGAGCUCGGCUUUCUGCAGGCUCAACGCAGGUUCAUCCAGAGCCGAGGACCUGACACGGCCCUGACCUCAAACCCUCUCACCACCGGGGAUCUGAUCAAAGACCAGCCGAAGGACCAGCUCAAAUACGACAGUAUGGGAAAAGCAGACAUCGAGGAAACGAAAGAGGAGAAAGCGGAGGCCGCUUCACCCAAACAGGAAGUGAAGACGGAAGAGGAAGAAAAGACUCAGGACAGGGAGCAAAAAGAGAAUGACAAUGAAGCAGAAGUGAAGAGCGAAGAAAGUCACAGUAUUCCUCAAUCGACCGACGAGGAGAAGGUCACACAGUCUGAGGACACACUCACACUUCCUGUUAGUGUCGGCAAGGACACCAUCACGGGGGAACCGGAGAACCCGACAGGUCCGGAGGAGAACCUCAACACAGAAGAGGAGGAGGAGGAAGAGGGGGAGAAGAUGGAUGAGGACAAAUCAGAGAAAUCAUCACAGGCUGAAGCUGAAGCAUCCUCAGAAAGGAAGAACUUUGACGAAGAGAGUAACGCCUCCAUGAGCACAGCACGAGACGAGACACGCGAUUAUUUCGGCAUGGACGAUGGCGAGCCCUCUGUGUCUCAGACCUUUGGUGAACGAGCUACCUUCUCCUUCUGGCCCAAGGACCGGGUGAUGAUCAAUCGAAUGGACAGCAUCUGUGAGGCCAUCAUCAAGGGCAAGUGGCCAUCCAAUAGGAGGCAGUUAUUUGACUUGCCUGGCCUGUUGCCUGGAUAUAAUGCCAUGGCAACGGACAGCCCUAUACCCAGGAGGAGCAUGGGAGACUUCUCCAUGAUGAAUCAGAGCAGCUACAGUGGGAGUGAUGACAUCACCUUGUCACCACAGGUCAAUAAGGAAGAGGCCCUGAGUCUGUCUGUUCCUCGUCAGCGGAGACGCAGAAGAAGGAAAGUGGAGAUCGAGGCCGAACGAGCCGCAAAGCGCCGCAAUCUCAUGGACAUGGUUGCACAGCUCCGUGAGUCUCACGCUGCAGAGAGCCAGACUCGAGCUAUGGAUCUCACUAAAGCUCUACACGGCCUGGCUCCAUCCUCCUCCACCUCCACCUCCUCUUCAGCCUUCCCCAGUGCCAUGGCUUCCCCGAUGGAGCUGCUGCACGCCGCCGGAGCUUCCAGAGCCAACGGAGCGAUGCUGGAGGCUGAGAUUCCCACACGAAGGAGGAGAGGACGCAGGAAAAAUGUUGAGGGCCUCGAGCUACUCUUCAUGGGCAAUAAGGGUUCAAAGCCCAACACGGAAGAUUCAAACGGGACCAAAGGUUUUACAGACGGAGCACACGUGCUGCCUCAAGCACACACACACAUUCCAGCUCCUGCACAGAAGGAGGAGGGCGACCAUCUUAAAGCAGAGGAUGGAGCGAGCACCAAGGAUUUACAGGAGUGGCUUAGACAACAUCCCACCUACACCAUGGAUGUGCCUGGAUACAUACCAAAGAGUGAAGAGCUUCUCCUCACACAGCUCAGUAAGCCCAAGCAGAAAAGACAUCGCUGUCGAAACCCCAACAAGAUCGACAUCAACACGCUGACCGGAGAGGAGAGAGUUCCUGUGGUCAAUAAGAGGAACGGUCGAAAGAUGGGGGGCGCUAUGGCUCCCCCGAUGAAGGAUCUGCCCCGGUGGCUGGCUGAGAAUCCCGAGUUCUCCAUCGCUCCAGACUGGACAGACAUCGUCAAACAAUCUGGUUUCCUGCCCGAGUCCAUGUUUGACCGCCUUCUGACCGGUCCGGUGGUCAGAGAAGAAGGGAUCCGGCGCCGAGGACGGAGACCUAAAUCUGAGAUUGCUAAAGCAGCUGCAGCUCAAGCUUCUCUCUCUGUGGCUUCUUCAGCCUCCACCUCGGCCGUCAACCCCUUCCUACUGAACGGCCUUUUUGGGGGGAUGGACCUCAGCAGCCUGCAGAACCUACAGAACCUACAGAACCUGCAGCUCCUCAUGGGCUUGUCUCCUUCUCUGGGUGCAGGAGCUGCAGAUAACAAGACCUCCACUACCAUGUUGCCUCUCAUGCUGCCUGCCAUGGGCACCCUGCCCAACGUCUUUGGCCUUAGUGGACUUUUUGGUGGCAACAUGGCGGCUGCUGCUGCUGCUAACUUAAACACCACGACCACAUCGGAGUCUGAGGAAACAAAGAAAGAUGGAGAACCCAAGGAGGAAGGUGAGAAGAAGGAGGAAUCAGAGAAACCCGCUGAGACGGAGUCAAGCGAUGCAAAUGCGGCCGCUGCAGCGACCAGUCUUUCCACCAACCCUCUGGCGUUUAACCCCUUCCUGCUCUCCACCAUGGCUCCUGGGCUUUUCUACCCCUCCAUGUUCCUGCCCCCUGGUUUAGGUGGUUUGAGUCUGCCUGGCUUUUCUCCUGCUGCUCUCGCUGAGCUCCAGAACGUGAUGAGUGGAGCAUUAGGAGCGACUGGAGAGGAGAAGGAGGUAAACAAGGAGAAUGCACAGACUCAGGAUGCAGUUAAACCCAGCAGCACUGCGGACAACAGCGACUCCGAGGACGGAGACAACAAAACCCAGGACUUUACCGGCGUGGCAGAGGAGCUGGACUCUGUGGAGGCAGAGGAGGAAGAGGACGACGACGAUGAAGAGGAAGAACUUGGAGACGAUGAUGAUGAAGACAAGAGUGAUUAAGGAGGCAAAUCCACCUGACUGACUUUCUGCCUUUUCCCCAGAGGGCUUUUUUUUUAAUGAAUAACUCUACUGAUGUCCCAAACAGGAUUUUAUGUCAUUUUGGUUUAGUUUAGUUAACAAGUGAUCAGUACCACGAUGAGGGAACACACACACACACACACACACACACACACACACACACACACACACACACACACAGGCUGUAAUGGACAUGCUUUGGCCUGUGGUGAUGUGCUUUAUAGAGGAGGUGAUGACUGAACCAUCCAGUAUCCUGGUAGGAAUGAGAAGGUUCCCAUGUUGCUUUGCUGCUUCUUUCUGUUCAAUUUUUGACUUUUUUCUCCUUCUACUGUUGUUGAUGUAAACAGUGAGUAGCAUCUGGAAGAGGAACGUUCAGUGGCAUACAGUUUUAAACAGCAUUAAGACGAGUGACUCUCUCCAAGCUGCUGAAAACCCAACUAAAGAGAAUGAAAUGUGGAUUUUGUUUUUGUCGUACUGUUCUGCUGAGGGAUGAAGUUCUCACAUAUCAAAGCGUACACUUGGACUGCUCAAGUCUCUCACACUGACAAUCUAUACGGGUGACGAGACGCUCGGCCUGUGGAGACAGCAAUAACACGAAGGCAGCUCCUGAAUGUUCCACUUUACCACAGUGUGUGUGAGGGGGUGGGGGGGGGGGUGUACGGGUGUGAGCGUAUGGGAGUGUGUGUGUGUGUGUGUGUGUAUGUACGGGAGUGUGUGUGUGUGUGU